UGAGAUAUUUUCUAUGUUCUAGGUAUGGCGCCUUACAUCUAUUAUGGUCCUGGGGUAGUGUACGCUGUCCGUGGUCAUGUUGCCAGGAUAGUGUGCAGGGCCAGAGGCUCCCCUCCCAUCACAUACACUUGGGAAAAGAAUGGUCGAAAAAUUUACAACCUCAACCCCCCUGAUAAUGGCAAGAAUGGCACCUACGUCAUUCCAAUAGUCCAGUGGAGUGAUGUAGCUCAGUAUACAUGUAUUGCGUCCAAUGGCAAGACUCUUGGAGAUAUGUAUAAAUCGUCUGGAAGACUGGAACUAGUCAGUAAGUAAAUGAUGUCAUUGUGUGACACACAAUUCAAAGACGGUGAUUACUCACUUUAAUCCAUUAAUCUGCAGUGUCUUCAAAUGCCCCUGACUUUAUGAUUUGUCUAGCGCCAGACAAGUUUACUUGCCAAGGGUAGAGUCUUGCGCAUUGAUGGAUUAAAAUAUACAUAAUCCUUGUAAUCCUACAGUAAAUCCUAAAACGUGUUCUAAGCCUCAUUCAAUCUUACUCUAAACGCUUUAAAUGUUUGUGACCCUGUUUUUAGAUUUAUAUUGAUAUUAAAGGAAUUUAAUCAGCUCAGAGACCUCUGCUCGCAGGGAAAGAUUACGGUUGUUUUUUUUAGCACAAAGGUCGCACAAACCAAUUGAAAUUGACUUUCAAAUGAAUGCAAAUGAACUAUAUAUACUCCAUUGUUAAGCCCGCAACAAUAGACCUUACCGAUUAUUCUCUUUUACCCAAUGGCCUCGUUUUCGUGUCAAAUACUUACUCGUGUUUUGUGCUUAGUAGGUUGAAAAUUACUUUGUUAUUGAGCCCAAGAACAGCAAGAAAUAAAUUCAUCUGGGAAAACAUGGGAAUAUAAUCUUUAUCUGCCCCUGACAUGCUGAAAAAAGUUAACAUGGAAACGCCAUUGGGUAAAAGAGAAUAGUCGGUCUAUUGUGGGAAUAUUCGGACAAAGUCAUUGAACUGAAUAGAACUGGAACACUACCUCCAACGGGAAGGCCAAACUUGAAGGCCAGUCCCAGUCUUUUCACGCAUGCGAAGAGCACUCGAUCAGUCAAUCAUGAUAUAAAGACGCGGGUUAAUCCGUAUUUUGUCUUUUAGCUCCCACAGUGGUUGUGAAUAAAUCCAUCACAAUCUAUGGGUCGAAAGGCAGCGAUCCCUACCUCUACUGCGGGGUGCGUUACGACAAGAAAGUGAACGUCACCUACAGAUGGUAUUUCGCUGGCGACCGCAUUGACGACUCUAGCUGGAGAUACAAAGUGGACAAACGUUGGGGAAGACUCACCAUUAGUAGUGUGAGUGAAGUCGAUAAUGGGAUAUAUCGCUGUGACUCUUCUUCGGGUGUUGGUGAUUUUUCUACCACUAUUGAGCUGGUCGUACAAGGUAAGUUGGAGAAACGUUGUUGAAUUUUGCGUCUGAACAACCUUUUAAAACAGUUCAGACACAAACCACAGCAUUGACAAGAGAUGAUCCUUACUAACUGUUCACCCUAGAGGUUCAGUAAGGAACAUCUCUUAUUGAUCCAGUGUUGCUUCAGGAGUAAACCUAAACUAAACUAACUUUAUUUACACUGGAUAACUCUAUCAGUUCUAAACAGUUCUGCCUAGAGGUCCAGUAAGGAUCAUCUCUUAUUAAUCCAGUGUUGCUUCAGGAGGAAAUUAAACAAUCUUUAUUUAUACUGUAAUAUAAUGAUAAUAAUAGUUCUAUCAGUUCAAAACUGUUCUCCCUAGAGAUCCUGUAAGGAUCAUGUCUUAUUAGUCCAGUGUUAAAUAUACUUAUAGGAAACCUAAACUAUAUACUGUAUGGCUCUAUCGCUUCUAAACUGUCCGUUCUAUCAAUUCCUAUAGAGGUCCUGUAAGAACCAUAUCUUAUCAACGGGGUACUACAGAGAUGAAAACCUGGUAAAACUGAGCAUGUUGUAUCAAUGACUUUCAUGACAUUAAAUUAUGUUUCCACUUUAUUUUGUAGCGCCACCAUAUAAAACAACCAUACCUCAAGUUGACAGCAUACGGCCUGACUCCGUUCGCUUGCUAUGGAAGUCGGGCUACGAUGGAAACAGUGCCAUACAGUACUUCAGAAUUGGUGUAAAGAUUCCUAUCAACAAAACUGAACACACUCUACCUCAGCACGUAAUGGCUUCAGGACUUAUCAAGAAAUAUAUUGUUCCUGGACUGACUCCGUACACUCAAUACCAGUUUCGUAUGAAGGCAGUGAAUUAUGUCGGUGCCAGUCCCUGGAGCGAUUACUCGGCUGUAAUACAAACUCGCGAGGCAGGUGAGUCACUGAGCUCAACAAUAGGCCUGGAUGAUGCAUGAAGUCAGAGCUGUUCAUAUUUGUGUGCACAAAUCUACCGUGUUUUUGCUGACAUGUUAGAAGGGUUUUUACAGUUUCUGGUUAUUGGUAGAAAACAUUGUCUACCUAGUAAUGAAUAGUCUUAAAUGACCUCUCGUUCUUCCCAAAUUUACCGGUGAAUAACUAGCUACAUUUGGAGCUCACUCAAGGCUGAGGGUCUCAAGCAAGUGCAAAUGAAAGAAACAAGAAAUGAUAAGACAAUAUUGUGUAUUAAUCUCUCUGUGCCAGUGUAGGUAGCGACGAUAUAACAAGACAUUGAGGGAUUGAGAGGGAUACAACUGCUUGUAUGUUUUGAAAGACAAUGAGGGAUUGAGAGGGAUACAACUGCUUGUAUUUUUUGCCAGUUGUAUCUCUCCAGGGGUCGGUUGUUCAAAGGUGGGUUAGUGCUAACCCUGGGUUAAAAUUUUACCUGCUGUUUUAGUUUGUGUAUUUAUACACGUCUGUUUAUUUCAAAACUUGAGAGAAGUAAUCUCCUAUCGAUCCAGACAAGAUCUCUGAAGAAAUAUCUCCAAUUUUAUAGACAAGCCGUGAGGAAGUUUGCUUUGAAUUUUAAGUUAACCUAGGGUUAAACUAACCCAGCUCUGAACAAUCUGCCCCACGGUGUUAGCCAGAAAAAAAGUUUCGUCCGUUAAACGUAAAUUGGGCAAGUUUUUUUGACCGAUCAAAGUCCUUGUGUAGGAAUAAAUAGUGUUUUUUUUUCAACGUGUUUCUCCUUAGAUGCAAACAACGGUAGCUUGGUUUUGUACAUUUCAUUUCCGGUGAAUGAACACUGAAAAAUGCACCCGAUGGCACUUCGUUUUGUAUAUUUCAUUUCAAUGAACAUGGAUGCACACCGAUUACACUUUGUUUUGUAUAAAUAAAACGUUCUUUGAUAUAAUAAUAUAAAAUCAAACGCAAUGCACUUUCUCAUCAGAAAAAAUGAAAAUCUUCCAGUACACCCAGUUGGGAAAGCCCCUUAUCUACUUCAUUGGGAAGAGUCCGUCAAACGGACAGUAUAUGGGCUAGCUAACACCCUGCUCUCAAUCCGUACACAGUGUGUAUUACAUUGAAAUGAGUCUUUGUAUUCCUAGCUCCAUCGUAUAAAUUGAAAAACCUCAAAGGAACCGCUGUGAAUGAAAAUACGAUUGAAGUCACGUGGGAGGUAAGCUGAGCUCACUAGUGUUUGAGCUCUAUCCAGAAAUCUUCAUUCUGUUUAUGAAAUGAGAUGUGCACAGGUAGAAGUCUCGCAUCUUGUCAACGAAAUGUUUAUAGUCUGCUUAAAAUAUUUUCUUUCCAGGAUCCUCCCAAGUCCACCCAUAAUGGCAUCCUACGUGGUUACUAUGUGAACUGGCGGUACCAAGGUGCCACAACCGUAGACUUUCGUACGCACAAAGUAACACCUGCAACUACGAGAAAGUUGAGAAUUAAAGGCUUGAUUGUAAACUCUCGAUAUGAAGUGAAAAUACAGAUGUAUAAUGACGCUGGGGCAGGACCUUUUAGUGAUUUGGAGUACAUUAAAACUAAGGAAGGAGGUAAAAAAUAAUGUCUGCUGUACCAGUGCCAUCAAUAUCUGCUUAUGUAGUUGUUGAUAUUUCUUUCUAGUCCCAGCAAGCGCUCCACGUAAUCUGGCCGUGAAAAAUGUGUCCUCUCGUUCCGUUGUGUUGCAAUGGGACGAACCUCCUCAACAAUUCUGGAACGGGGACAUCACACAAUAUACUGUAAGUAUUCUUGUGUCGCACACGAGUUUUCAGUGAAUAUUUUAAAGCCGAUAUACACUGCACAACUUUUGCCUAAAACUGUCGCAUGCAACCUACUUACAACUUGAGUUGUACUGUGUAAAUCAAGCACACAACUCACCUGCGACAACCUAAGCGAGUUGUGUGUUUGGUUUACGGGACCGGCUAAACGGAGAGUUAUGAAGUGCAGAGUUAUCUCGGAGAGUUAUGAUUUCGGAAUUAUAUUCGUACCACGCCCACUUUUCCCAACGACCACACCCAAUUUCUCAACUUCCCAACGUUUCCUUGAACUAACAUGAGAGACCCAGUAGUUGUAAGCAGAUUGCAUGCGAUAGUUUUAGGCAAAAGUUAUGUCGUGUAAAUCAGCCUGGCUUUAGCAGUAUUUACAGUAUAUGCUGAUAUGGCUGAUAUUAAAGAGGUAAUGACACAAUUUUGUGUAGAUUCGUCUUUGGGAAUUCGACAAGAAGGACCAAGUCGAGCAGCGAGUAGCGAAGCAUGAUGGGGCUGCCUUCAAACAAGUAUUUAACGUGACAAAGUUGAAGACCUACACGCAAUAUACGUUUGAAGUAAGCGCACAAAACAGCGUUGGUGCAAGUCCUUACUCAAACGACGUGCAAGUCAGAACGACGGAAGACAGUAAGUCUGUGGUGAUGUUUUGAAACUAAUCCUAAACUAACCCUAAUCCUAAACUAAUCUUAAACUAACCUUAAUUCUAAACUAACCCUAAUCCUAAAAUUAAUCCUGAGCCUAAUUCCUGCAUAUAUUCAUGAUACAAAAAGUUAGUUUAGUUUAGGUUUCUUCCUGUAGUAAAACUGGAUCAAUAAGAGAUGAUCCUUAUUGAACGUCUAGGAAGAACAGUUUAGAACUGAUAGAGCUAUCCAGUGUAAAUAAAGUUAGUUUAGUUUUGGUUUCCUUCUGUAGUAACACUGGAUCAAUAAGAGAUAAUCCUUACUGGACCUCUAGGAAGAACAGUUUAGAACUGAUAGAGCUAUCCAGCAUAAUUAAAGUUAUGUUUGCGAUGUUACUCUGAGUGCAUAUCCACACCGGGCGAGCUUGAAAAAUAUGCCCGGCCACGGUGGGAUUCGAACCUACGACCUUUGGAAUACUAGCCCAAUGCUCUUCCAACUGAGCUACGCGGUCAGGACGGUUCGAGUAAGUGAUAUUUCGGAACAGUCUAGUUCCUUCAAUACCAAUGUGUUCUAGUAAUAUUUUUCAAGCUCGCCCGGUGUGGAUAUGCACUCAGAGUAACAUCGCAAACAUAUUAUUCACCUGAGUACACAACACUAACACAGAAAAAAUAAUUAAAGUUAGUUUAGUUUAGGUUUCCUCUUGUAGUAACACUGGAUCAAUAAGAGAUGAUUCUUACUGGACCUCUAGGGGGAACAGUUUAGAACUGAUAGAGCUAUCCAGUGUAAAUAAAGUUAGUUUAGUUCAGGUUUUCCUCCUGUAGUAACACUGGGUCAAUAAGAGAUGAUUCUUACUGGACCUCUAGGGAGAACAGUUUAGAACUGAUAGAACUAUCUAGUAUAAAUAGAGUUAUAGUUUAGUUUAGGUUUCCUCAUGUAGUAACACUCUAAUUACUUGAGAACAGUUUAGAACUGAUAGAGUUAACAAGUACAAAGUUAGUUUAGAGUUUAGUUUCAUUAAAGUUCAACUGUUGAAAUAACUGACUUGUCGAUCUGUUAUUUUAGUUCCUAGUGCACCACAAAAUCUGCAAAUCGUGGACCAGUUUUCAGACACCAUCAGUGUAAAUUGGGUGCGACCUCGCGAAGUGAACGGCGUUUUGACUGGUUAUAUUGUGAAACACUGGAAGGUUGAUGACCAAGGUCGGAGAACUGGCGAGAUAAAACAAGAGGAGGUUGGGGGCGGUGCCCUUCAGGCAGGCAUCACGGACUUGCUGGCUAGAACACGCUAUAUGAUAGAGGUUGCAGCCAAGACAAACGCUGGAGUCAGCAAGUCUGCUAAGAUUGAAGGAUGGACACAGAACGUUGCAGGUAUGUAGCAAUUCAUGAGUAAUUGAUACUACAUUGAUAGAUAAUCAUGCAACAGAUGAUGAUCAUGAUGGGUUAGGAUGAUGAUCAUGAUGGGUUAGGAUGAUGAUCAUGAUGGGUUAGGAUGAUGAUCAUGAUGGGUUAGGAUGAUGAUCAUGAUGGGUUAGGAUGAUGAUGAUGAUGGGUUAGGAUGAUGAUGAUGAUGGGUUAGGAUGAUGAUGAUGGGUUAGGAUGAUGAUCAUGAUGGGUUAGGAUGAUGAUCAUGAUUGGUUAGGAUGAUGGGAGGCACCCUUAGAAAGCCUUCGACUCAGUGAUCAGGUUGAUCUGGGUAUUUCGUAAUUUAGCUGAGCUCACAGCUGCAAGUCAAGAUGAUUAACACGCACCGUGUCUUAAUUCCUAGAACUUCCUGGAUCUCCCACUGUUCUACAUUUCCUGGAAAUCAACGCUACAGCACUAGAACUUAAUUGGCAAGAAGGAUGGAAAGGAAACUCACCAAUCAUAGAAUACUACAUUCAGGGAAACAACGAGACGGGUUUCGCCAAUGAUCAUAACUCCGAAUGGUUCAAAGCCCUGAAUGUGAAGGAUCCGUAUAAGAUUUACAACUUGCCUCCGGUGAUUAUUGAAAAUUUAAUCCCAGCCACGACUUAUCGUUUCCGAGUCAGAGCCAAGAAUAAAGUUGGCUACAGUUCCUUCAGUACAGUGUCUGGUGACGUCACGACUUCUCAAGCAUGUAAGUUGAUCCAGGAAUACACCCGUCCGUUGCGGAAACUACUUAGCCCUGGCUAUAGAGCCUUGCUGCUGAGACAUUGGUUUAAUUAGACGUUUAUCUUGUUACUGAUUACAAAAUUAUGAACUAAUUCACGUCAGUCCCAUCCCAGUCAGUCGCAUGUCAGAAGAGUGCUUUUAAUUUGACCCUAACAAACACUGCUUGUUUUCCCCGUUCCUUUUCUUGAUAGUUUCUAAAGCUCUUUUUUAUUUUAGGGCCAUGGUCACCGCCGGACAAUAUUCGAGUAAGGCGCACACAAUACCGUGGGGAAGUACUUUUAAAUUGGGAUGUAAGUAACGCAGUGAAUGAACCGUUUGCAUUAUAGACUAAAUUUUGAUGUAAACAAGUCUAGACAAAAAUUUCAUCAUAGCUUGAAAGAGCAUCACAAAAUUAGUAAUAUUCCAAAGUUUCGUUGCGAAAUGUUGUAAAAUGCGGAUAAUAUAACCUUGCGAAGUUUGCCGUUUUUCAGUCAUUUUCAAUUACAAACGCGAAAUUGACAGCCCCAAAGGGUAUUGGGCUGUCAAUUUCCCCCGCGUGAUGCAAAAUGACUGAAAAACGGCAAACUUCGCAAGGCUAUAUUAUCGCAACGAAACUUUGGAAUAUUACUAAUUUUGUGAUGCUCUUUCAAGCUGUGAUGAAAUUUUGAUCUAGACUUGUUUAGAUCAAAAUUUAGUCCAUAAUGCAAAUGGUCCAUUAAGGGGCAGUUCGAUCCAUUUUAUGAGUUCAUUGGCGAAGUAAUUUUAAAAAUUACUUCGAGAAAAUCAAAGCCGAGAAAAUCAAAGCUAAAGUUUAUGUAAAUGAUUUUUUAUCAGACAUAAAACCAGCGACACGGAGUGAUUUACUCAUGAGUCAUUAGGGCCAUUUAUACGGGACAAAAUAAGACGCGACUUACAUAAGACGCGACUUAAAUAAGACGCGAGUUUGUCGUAUAAAAGAUACAAAAUUCUUAUGUAAGACGCGUCUUGGAUAAGACGCGUCUUACAUAAGAACAGGACUUUUAGCUGUUCUUAUUUAAGUCGCACCUUAAAUAAGAAAUUUUAGACAAAAAUUCUAACUACACAUGCCCGAAACUUGAAACAACGUAAAAUUAUUAGCCUUGCAUAUUCGAACAAAAACAACCGAAACAACAUUAUAGCUAUAGCAAGUAAAUAAGAAUAAAUCCGUAGAGAACCAUUUAUGCGAUAACUCAGCUUAUAUAAGACGCGUCUUAUGUAAGACGCGACUUAUUUUGUCCCGUAUAAAUGGCCCUAUUGAGUUUUUUCAAGCAAAUUACCAAACGUUUAGAUCUGCAUAUAUUAACUAUUUUUCAUUAUCUAAUUUAGCCGCCCCCUAGAGAGACAUGGAACAGCGAGUUCAUAAAAUAUACUAUAGAACUUCAAGAAAAUGGAGAACGCGGGAAUUUCACGAAAUUCACCAUCAGUGGUAUUCGAGGGAAUACGAAAAGAUACAGAUUGACCUCUCUUAAAAAAUAUACAACAUAUGAGAUCAAAAUGAAAACAGUCAACCAGCUUGGCGACAGUCCUUACUCCCCCGCCAUUAUUCACCAGACACAGGAAUAUGGUAUGUAACAUUACCUCAACCCAGGGGGGUGUAGAAACAUGACUUGCGAAACAUUGUUUUCCUAGCCAUGUUCCCCAAAGGUGGACUUACCAUGAAACAUUGAAGGCUCUCCUUUUUUUCAUGUAACUGAGAACAUAUCUCGCGUUUUCCAUUAAUUAAAGUUUUCUCUUAGUGCCUGAAGCUCCACCAUCAAACAUCCGGGCAAUCGGUAUGUCUGGAUCCAGUAUCCAUAUAUCCUGGGGCGAGGUUCCUGAGUCAGGAAGGAAUGGCAUUGUGCGAGGUUACAAGGUAACUAAUGAUGCGGUCACAAUGUCGUCUCAGCUACACACGUAAAAACGCACAAGUUUGUUACAAGUCUGUGUUCACAAGCUUUUAACAGGAUGUAUUCGUACUGCUUGUCACAAGUUGUCAACAGGUUUUUGAACAACUGGUUGACAACUUGUAGCAACCUUGUCGAAAUUAUCAGACUUGUUGCAAGGUUGUUCUGACAAGUCUGUGAUAUGCUUGAUAUAUAACAAGAUUGUUACAACCUUGUGUUGACAACCUUGUAACACCCUUGUUAUAUCAUGGCUGUAACAAAGUUGUUAGCACAAUCUUGUAACAAGGCUGAUAAUGCCAUCAAGCUUGUUACAAGUUGUUAACAGCUUGUUUCAAACUUGUCACAACAAACUGGGAACAAGCAGUGCGAGCACAACUUGUUGACAGCUUGUGAACAGACGUGUAACAACUUGUUUGCAGACUUGUUUUGCCAAAUGCGUGUUUUUAGACAAACUUUUCUAAUUUCUGAUCCAAUUUUCAUCUAAAUGCCUAUGUACUAAUCAAUCUUUGGGCAAUGUCCAUAUAAUCACAUAAAUUUUCGUAUGAAUACGCUUGAUAGUUUUUGAAUAAUCGUACUGACACUAACUCGUAACCAGUCUUUCCUCGGGUAUGUUUCAAUCGCGGGCGGAAGCAGGAAAGGCAGCAAGGGCACCGCCUGCAUGCAUCCUGCAUGCCCUUGCUUUCUGCUUCCGCCCGCGCUUGAAACACAGAGACGACUGGGGACGAGUCAGGUGCUGACAGGCAAAUAGAGACCUUAAGAUUGACGUUUACGGCAAACGUCAAACCGCUAGCGAAGUUUUUGAUUUUGCAACUCUAUUAUAAUAGCUUUUACACCAGUUUUGAAGUAUGUUAAAUUUAUUAAACUUGUGCUCUUUAGCAAUGAUUUAAGAAAGCAAAUUAACCACUAGUCAUGCCAUUCACCAAAGCAGUAAAUUAAGAUUUGGCGUUUGAAGUUGGCGUUUGGCGUAUAGAUUUCAUGCUUGAACUGCUACGAGGGCUUGUAGUCGUUAAAGCAUGAAAUUUAUACGUCAAACGUCAACUUCAAACGCCAAAUCUUAAUUUACUGCUUUGGUGAAUGGCAUGACUAGUGGUUAAUUUUCUUUCUUAAAUCAUUGCUAAAGAGCAGAAGUUUAAUCAGUUUAACAUAUUUCAAAACUGGUGUAAAAGCUACAAUAAUAGAGCUGUAAAAUCAAAAACUUCGCUUGCGGUUUGACGUUUGCCGUAAACGUCAAUCUUAAGGUCUCUAAUAACCACAGAGACCAACGCGUAUAAAAACUUCCUGCUGGAGGAAACAAAGACGAAUUUCCAGAGCGUAUUUUCAAUGACCAUGAAGUAGCUCACUCUUCCUAUCUAUUCCUAGAUAUUCUAUCGUCUGGUGCAAUAUGCUCCUCAAGACUUCAUUGAGAUCAAACUAGAAGAUGUGAAGCAAUACACACUGAAAAACCUUCUCGGCUACACUCGGUAUGAUAUCAGGAUACUCGCCUACACUCAGAUUGGGGAUGGAGUACGAAGUAAACACCUUCAACCUUAUCCACGAACUUUGGAAACUAGUGAGUAAAUAUCUGACUGGGCACUACGAUUUGCUGCCCUAAAAUUGGCGGGUGGGUUAGCUACCUGAUUUUUUAACAAAUCUUGUGUUUACUUUAGAACCCGGUCCCCCAAGCCAUCUGCGCUUCCCAACCGUCACGUCAUCAGUGGUCGUGGUGACCUGGGCACCACCGGAAAUGACGGGUGGUAAUAUUACCCAAUACCGAGUGAGCUACAGACUGCGAGAUGAUGGUAGUUCAAAACUAGUUACCAGACCUACACUGGCCUUGACGAGACGGUCAGAUUCAAUCACUGGUCUUUCUGUUGAGAAGUUUUAUAUUUUUGAAGUUCAGGCUUACACGGCCGAAGGCUGGGGAGAGAAAGUCAGUGCCGAGAUUUAUACCAGUCAAGACCGAAAUUCAGGUUUGAUAAUUUUAUUUUGUAUUUAUUUUGUAAUUUUAAUCUCCUAGGGAGAACAGUUUAGAACUGAUAGAACUAUCCAGUAUAAAUAAAGUGAGUUUAGUUUAACUCCUAUAUUUCUAUAUUUCAGAAAAACCAGAAAGACCGAUAAUCUUACCAAUUUCUGAUUCCGACAUAACUUGGCGCUCGAUAAAAGUGCGCUGGGCUGUCGGAAGACGCCGAAAUCAGCCAAUCAGAUAUUUCACUCUGCGACUGCGCAAGGCCCAGGGUGCCUGGGAAACUCAUCCUAAACCCUUGACUGGCGACGAUGAUGAGUUGGAGGUGUGGGAUCUGGAGUCUAAUCAUCUAUACAGCUUUGAAGUUACUGCGACUAAUGAUGUGGGUACCAGUCCUCCGAGUAAACCCUCGCCUCCUGUGAGAACUUUAGCAAAAUGUGAGUAUGAUAUAGUUUGCAUGGUAAGGUAGCUUUCAGUAAGCCAGCAGGUGGUGUUUCAGAAAUUUCAACACUUGCAAUGUUGACUACCACAUAUAAUUAUUGUUUUCAUCCUGAUAACUCCAGGUUCCCAAUUCACCACUAUCUGUUUCAUAAUUGAAUUAUUUGAAACCAUUAAAAAAGUAUUUCAUUUAUUGCUUAAUAUAGAUGUAUUAAUAUCAAAAAUUUAGAUUAGUGUUUAAUAAGUACAUUAUUUUCAGAUUAACACAUCUGGCGUGUACUUUUUGCUUGCAGUAGAGCCAUGCAUUAUUCAAACUUAUUUUUCUUUCUAGCUAUGCCAGGAAGUCCCCGUGAAGUGAGAAUAAGGUCAUCUACACCAACUUCAUUUACUAUAACAUGGAAGGUACUCUAUUUAUUCCUUGCUUAGCCCUGAUGUUAUUCCGGCUGUACACCAGGCAAGCUGAAAUAUUGCUUGACGUCAAAGGUCGUAGAUUUGAUUUCUAUCGAGGUCAAGUAAUUCGUCAGCUGCCCAAUGCAGAGCCACUCAGAGCAGCAUAAGUGUAUAUAUAAAGAGAUGUUAAAUCUAAAAUUAUUUUAAUUUCCGCUAGCCUCCAUUUUUGGCUGACAUUGAAACGACGAUUACGAAGUACCGUGUGAGUUACAGAAUACAUGAACCAAAUCCGUCCAGAAACCCAGACUACCUAGAUGUCUUUUUGACUGAAUCUAGAAGAGAAUAUCUUAUCACUGGGCUGCAUGAAUACACGUUGUAUGAUAUAAGAUUGAAUGCUAUUGAUGCGAUUAAUGACAACUUACCAAGCUACCUGGAAACACGACGGACUUCAGCUGAACGUAAGUUCUGUGCAGGGCUUUCUAAUGUGGGGUUUUGGUGGUUGUUAAUGAAAGUUCUUUUCAACUUUGUGAUUAGGUAUCAAUUCAAUUUCCUGCAAUAUGCAAUUGUUGUUUGAUUAUAUUUUCAUCUCAUUCACAUGUGAGAAAGCAGUUCCAGUUUGACUCUAUCACACAAUAGCGAGUUUUCUUCGAGUACUCCAAUUUCUACUUGUACAGUAGUAACACUGGACUGUAGAAAUAAUAGAUAUCUUGUUUGUGAUGUUACUCUGAGUAUGUAUCCACACCGGGCAAGCUUGAAAAAUAUGAACCUACAACCUUUGGAUACUUGCCCAUACAUUUGGAUGCAUAACAUCACAAACAUCAUGUUCACCUGAGUACACAACACCAAAUCAAAACAAUAGAUAUCUAUUAUUUUUAUGCACUUUCGUCCACCUCUAUCAUCAAGUAUGAAUAAAGUUACUUUCGUUGAGGAUAUCUCAUUCCUACGACAUACUGUAGUGUGCUUAUUUCAAUUUCUAUAUUCUCUGUAGGACCUAGACGUCCCAGUCUGAGCAAAAACGCGAAUGUUGGUCCAACUUCUGUUACCAUAUUCUGGGGCGCUCCUGGCCAAACAAAGACACCUAUCUUGGGAUACAAGGUACAUG